UUUGUUUUAUAAUUAGUAAUGACUUAUUUUCGAUAAUGUGCACUGAUGUGAAUUUCUUUUUCUUUUUUCUAGAGUUGCUGCUGCUUUAUAUAAUAACACAAGCGUGCAUUACACAACCCACUUGAUCUGGAAAGAUAAUAACCAACAAUAAGACUCUUUUAAAUGUGACAUUUUCUCUUUCCUCAUAAUUGUCCUUCCUGAUAAACACUACUCAUUUGAACUCACUCCUAACCUUUAUCGUACAUGUAUUAUAAUAGAAAUCAUGUGAUAAACACAACCAAGAUUCCCCGAGUUUUCUUGCAAUCUGCAACCCUAUUGGCUAAAGCUUCUCAGAGGCCCUUCAGACUGUCUCGUGAUUGGUCGUCUGCUCCUCCAUUGACAUUCAUUGCUUCCUGCUCACGCGACGCAAAUCAAUAGUGGAAAAGUUUAAAGUUUAUUGUUCACCGACAUCUGGAACGCCGAUGCAGCUGACGUCACAGAGCUCAAAAUGAUACAUUGUAUCCGCUGCGCUCUGAUCGCGCUUCUGUUUAUGACACUGCUGCAUUCGGUCUGCGGCGACUUCCAGACUCUCGCGCAUCUCCGAGCCAAAGCGAGCGAUAAAAGUCAGUCGCGAGCCGUGCUGGAUCUGCUCCGGAGGCUGCUGGGGAACCGGGCGCGGGAGUUCAUCGUGUCGGUUAACAGGACUUUGUCUGCGGACGGGCUGGACGUGUGCGAGCUGCGCUCGGCGAAGAACAACAAGGUCGUGGCGGUGGGCAGCACGGGGGUCGCGGUGGCCACCGGAAUAUACAACUAUCUGAAGUACUUCUGCAACUGCCAUGUGUCCUGGGCUGGAGAUCAGCUCAAUCUGCCCAGACCUCUGCCUGCGCUCACCGGCGUCCUGCGCAUCAGCACACCGCACAGGUUCAGGUACUAUCAGAACGUGUGUACUGCCAGUUAUUCCUCUGUGUGGUGGGAUUGGCCAAGAUGGCAAAGGGAGAUCGAUUGGAUGGCGCUGAAUGGAAUCAAUCUUCCUCUAGCGUUCACUGGACAGGAGGUGCUUUGGCAAGAGGUUUACCUGUCUCUCGGUCUGAACCAGACUGAGUUGGACCGCUUCUUCUCAGGUCCAGCUUUUCUGGCGUGGAACCGAAUGGGAAACCUGUUUCAGUGGGGAGGACCACUUCCUCAGUCUUGGCAUGUCAAACAGCUCUACCUUCAGUUUAAAAUCUUGGACCGCAUGAGAUCUUUUGGGAUGAUACCUGUAUUGCCUGCAUUCUCAGGAAUUGUACCUGAAGGUAUCACCAGGUUGUUUCCCAAAGCGAACGUGACCAAGUUGAGCCCCUGGAGCCAUUUUAACUGUACCUACUCCUGCGCCUAUGUGCUGGACCCACGCGACCCGCUCUUCCAUCGAAUAGGAGCGCUCUUUCUGACCCAGGUCAUCGAGGAGUUCGGAACGGACCAUAUUUAUAACACAGACACGUUUAAUGAGAUGCCUCCAGCCUCCUCAGACCCCACAUACCUGGCCUCUAUCAGCCGUGCCAUCUUCAAUACCAUGACUUCAGUGGAUCCUCAAGCAAUUUGGCUGAUGCAGGGCUGGCUAUUUAUCAGUGACCCUUCGUUCUGGAAAGCGGAUCAGGUCAAGGCUUUGUUACACGGUGUCCCCCUGGGGCGCAUGAUUGUCCUGGAUCUAUUUGCUGAAUCUAUGCCUGUCUACUCUUCCACAAACUCCUUCUACGGCCAGCCGUUUAUCUGGUGCAUGCUGCACAACUUUGGAGGGAAUAGUGGUCUCUUUGGAACGGUGGACAGCAUUAACUCUGGUCCCUUCAAUGCUGUCCGCUUCCCAAAUUCAACCCUAGUGGGUUUGGGUAUGACUCCCGAAGGCAUCGAACAGAAUCCAGUCAUUUAUGAACUUAUGAGUGAGUUGGCCUGGCGCAAAGAUCCAGUCAACCUUUAUAAGUGGGUUUCGCUGUAUGCCUUGCGGCGUUAUGGUAGCAUGGAUGAAAAUCUGGCGUUGGCCUGGCAGCUCUUGUUUCGUAGCGUGUAUAACUGCACUCUUCCCAAAUACAAGAACCACAACCGGAGUCCGCUGGUCCAUCGGCCAUCCCUGCACAUGCAAACAGACAUUUGGUAUGAUCCAGCGGACUUCUACAGGGCAUGGAAGCUUCUGUUUGAGGCCGCUCCAGGGUUAGUGACUCUGGAAACCUUCCGGUACGAUCUUGUGGACGUGACGCGACAAGCGCUUCAGCUUCUUACAACAGAAUUCUACAAGGACAUCAAAAGCGCUUUCCAGACCCAAAAGCUUUCUGACCUCCUCACGGCUGGCGGAGUCCUCGUCUACGAUCUUUUACCAGAGUUGGACCGCAUCCUUUCCAGCAACGAGCACUUUCUGUUGGGGGCGUGGCUUCAGCAAGCUCAGUCUCAGGGCGUGGAUGAGCACGAGGCACACCUGUAUGACAUCAACGCACGGAAUCAGAUCACUCUUUGGGGACCCGAUGGGGAAAUCCUAGACUACGCCAGCAAAGAGUGGGCUGGUCUAGUGGAGGACUAUUACUUGCAGCGCUGGGGGCUGUUUGUUAACACCCUGGUGGAGUGUCUGGACAGAGGAAGACCCUUCAAACAGGACGUCUUCAACCAGGCCGUGUUCCAGGUUGAAAAAGGCUUCGUCUUCAAUCAGAGGAAAUACCCGACUAAGCCACUAGGGGACACAUAUGACAUUGCGCGACGGAUCUUCCUUAAAUAUUACCCAUAUGCACUGAAAAAGACAGAAACGAAGAAGACUUCAUGAGAUUGAGUACGAAACUAUUAAUCAAUAGCAGAUUGUUGGCAUUGUUAAAAACCAGCUAUUUAUCUUAUCAACUUCCUAUGACCUAUUGAUUAAAGACUUUUAAGUAGAAAUGUCUGAUUUGUUUAUAUAUACACUACCUGACAAAAAGUCUUGUCGUCUAUCCCAGUUGUAAGAGCAGCAAGUAAUAACUUGACUUCUGGUUGAUCCUUUGGAAAAGUGGCAGAAGGUCGAU